AUGGCUAAAUUUUGCAUAGUUCUUCUUUUCAUUGUAACACAAGGUCUUGCAGCACCAUAUAAAUCAUCAAAUGGUUGUGGUUAUGAUUCAUGCAAUUUGGGUAAACCCGAUAAACUCAAUGUUCAUAUCGUAGCUCAUACACAUGACGAUGUUGGUUGGUUAAAAACAGUCGAUCAAUAUUAUUAUGGAUCACGUAGUGAAAUUUGUAAACGAGGUGUUCAAUAUAUUCUCGACUCAGUGGUAGCAGCACUUAUGGAAAAUCCUGAUCGUCGAUUUAUCUAUGUCGAAAUGGGUUUUUUUUGGCGUUGGUGGAAUCAACAAUCGGACGAAAUGCGUAACAUUGUCAAGCAACUCGUUAAUGAAGGUCGUCUAGAAUUUAUUUCGGGUGGUUGGUCUAUGCACGAUGAAGCAACAACACAUUACAAUUCGAUUAUUGAUCAACAUAGUUUAGGUGCUGAAUUCUUGCAUGAUACAUUUGGUGAAUGUGCUCGACCGAAAAUUGGCUGGCAAAUAGAUCCAUUCGGUCAUUCACGAGAAGUUGCUUCACUUUUUGCACAGAUGGGCUUUGAUGGUCUGUUUUUUGGACGUAUUGAUUAUCAAGAUCGAUUAUUUCGAACUCCUGAAAAAAAGUUAGAAAUGAUCUGGAAAGGAAGUGCUAACUUAGAUCGUCAGAGUUGGCUGUUUACCGGUGUUCUACCACAUGGAUAUAGCGCACCGUUAUCAUUUUGCUAUGAUAUAAUGUGUUCAGAUCCACCAAUUAUGGAUGAUAAAAAUUUGCAUGACUACAAUGUGCCAGAACGUGUUGAAGCAUUCAUUAGAGCAGCACACAUACAGUCUCUUGCAUAUGCAACCAAUCAUAUUAUCAUGACGAUGGGAGCUGAUUUUCAGGGUCAGAAUGUCAAUGAAAAUUUCAAAAAUUUGGACAAAUUAAUUCAUUAUGUGAAUCUUGAGCAAGUGAAUGGUAGCAAUGUCAAUAUCUUUUAUUCGACACCCUCAUGUUAUUUAUAUGCCUUGAAUAAAGCUAAGAAAGAAUGGAUAACGAAAACUGAUGAUUUCUUUCCGUAUGCCAGUAUUCCAUUUGCAUAUUGGACCGGAUAUUUUACUUCAAGACCAGCAUUAAAACGAUAUGAACGUUACGCAAAUAAUAUUCUUCAAGUAACGCGUCAACUCAAUGGAUUUUCACAGAUGAAUCUACGCAAUAGCAUUUUCUAUUUGAGUGAAGCAAUGGGUAUUGCUCAACAUCAUGAUGCUGUUAGUGGAACAGAGAAACAACAUGUAGCCAAUGACUAUGCUCAACGAUUGUCUGAUGGUAUCGACCAAUCAAUGGAAGUCAUUAACGCUGCCUAUGCGAAACUAUUAUCCAAAGAAGGUCAAACACAGCUCAAUGUUCCUCAGUUUCUUUGUCCAUACACAAAUAUCAGCGAAUGUCUGCCUAUUGAAGGACAAGCCAAAUUCACAUUGACACUCUGGAAUCCAACCAUUCAUUCGGUAACAAUUUAUCCUCGUGUACCCGUCACUCAAGAAUAUGUAAUCCGUGAUCCGAUUGGAAAUAUUGUUCCUGCUGAGUAUCUUCCGAUUUCGAUCACUACAAAAAAUAUUCCUGGUCGUACAAGUUCUGCUCAAUAUCAGUAUCUAUUUCAAGCAUCAUUGCCAGCACUUGGUUACAAUACCUAUUAUUUCGAAGCGAGAGCUAAUGCAAAUAAAAUCAAACGCAGACGAGUGAAAACAACAUUUAACGAAGCAUGCAUUCUGGAGAAUGAACACCUGAGCAUAGAAUUCGAUGGUCAAGGUCAUUUAAAGCAUAUUGUCAAUUUGGAUAAGAACUUAAUGGUAUCAUUUACUGCACAAGGCUUCUACUGGUAUGCAAGUUUUCCUGGCGAUCCAACUACUCCAGAAUUACCAGCAUCAGGUGCUUAUGUCUUUCGGCCAUUUGUUUCGGAAGCAGUACCCGUAAGUCUUUCAGGUAGCAUCAAUUGUACGAAAACAGAUACCGUACAAAAAGCAUCGAUUGUUUUCAAUGAUUGGGUUAGUCAAGAGUUUAGUUUGUUUCGUGGAGCAACAUCAGUUGAACUCGAAUGGACAGUUGGACCGAUUCCAAUUCAUGAUAAUAUUGGUAAAGAAAUUAUUAUUCGUUAUAAUACUAAUAUUAAUAGUGGAUCGAAAUAUUAUACUGAUGCUAAUGGACGUGAAGUUCUUGAACGCAUUCGUGAUCAUCGACCAACAUGGCCUUAUUUAGUUGAUGAACGCAUUAGUGGCAAUUAUUAUCCAAUUAAUAGUCGCAUUUGGAUUCGAGAUAAUGAUCAUCAAUUAACUAUUCUUACUGAUAGAUCCGAAGGGGGUGGUAGUAUGUAUGAUGGUUCCAUCGAAAUUAUGGUUCAUCGUCGAAUACUACAUGAUGAUUCAAUGGGUGUUGGUGAAGCUCUAAAUGAGACUGCCUAUGGUACAGGUCUUGUUGUUUCUGGUAAACAUAUUCUUCUUGUCGAACGACCAGAAGAUAGUGCUCGACUACAUCGAGUCGGCGCUCAACAAUUGUUUAUGCAUCCUCUAGCUACCUAUUCCUUACCAAAUACACCAUCUUAUGCAAAUUAUUCGAAUAUUUAUCGUCAGAGUUGGUCGGCUCUUUCGGAUACGAUGCCAUUAAAUGUACAUCUAUUAACAUUCGAUCAAUUAACCCAUAAACAAUAUCUAGUUCGUGUUGAACAUUAUUUUGAAUUGAACGAAGAUGAAAUAUACUCACAAUCGGUGACGAUGGAUCUUCAAACAUUGUUUAAAAGUAUUGGUACCAUUGCUAAUAUGACUGAAUUAGUAUUGAAUGCUAAUUUACCACUAUCUCAGUUGCAUCGACUCGAUUGGAUGACAAAAGAUCAAGAAUCGUCACAUAUGAAUAUAUUUCAAUCAUAUUCAUCGAAUGGGACGACACUUACUCUGUAUCCAAUGCAAAUUCGAACAUUUCAAAUUACUAUUAAUUAG